UCUCGCAGCUGAUUGGACGAGAGCCGCCGGUCACUGGGCGGGGCGGGAUGACGCACGGCAUGACGCACGCUGGAGGCGGAGCAACCCUGUGGCGUACUACGAUCAUUGUAAAGAUGAUGAUUUUCCCCGUGUCGUCGUGCUCCAACUCACUGUUGCGGAAAACAAAUCUGGCUGCGUGGAGAGCGUGGAGGAGACUGAAGUUGAGCGUGCACUCCCCCGUAGCCUGUGCAUCUUCUGGUCCCGGUCCCCUGGAGGGGUCUGAAGAUGUGCCUUCUGGUUCAGCCGCGAAGCCUCCUCACACGCCUGUCAUGCUCAAAGAGGUGCUUCAUUACUUAGACGUCCAACCAGCGCAGGUGGUCCUGGACAUGACAUUUGGAGGUGGUGGUCAUACCAAAGCCAUUCUGAGCGCGGCCCCCGGAGUUACAGUCCUGGCCUUAGACCGAGAUCCUACGGCGGUUUCUCUGGCCCAGACGUUAGCCGACGAGCACUCUGGUCGUGUGAAACCGUUGCUUGGUCGGUUCAGCGAGCUCGAAGCCCUGAUGUCAAACAUGAACGUGGAGCCAGGCAGCGUUGACGCUGUCCUGCUCGACGCUGGCUGUUCUUCAAUGCAGAUGGACGAGGCAGAGAGAGGUUUCGCCCUCAGCAAGGACGGGCCCUUGGACAUGAGAAUGGACGGGGAGAGGUACCCCGACAUGCCCCGCGCUGCUGACGUUGUGAAUACCUUAGAUCAACAGGCUCUUGCAUCUAUCCUCAGUGCGUAUGGGGAGGAAAGAUACGCCGGGAAAAUAGCUUCAGCCAUUGUGGAGGCACGCCGUGUCAACCCCAUCACCCGGACGCAGCAGCUGGCCAGCGUGGUGGCAGGAUCGCUUCCUGCCGCCGUCGCCUACGUGCGUAAAGACCGACUCCACCGCCCCGCGCACGUGGCCACCAAGACUUUCCAAGCGCUGCGUAUUUUCGUGAACGACGAGCUGAACGAGCUCCACGCGGGCCUGCGCGCCGCCCGCGCUCUGCUCAGACCCGGAGGUCGUCUCUGCGUCAUCACCUUCCACUCGCUGGAAGACAGGCUCGUCAAGCGUUUUCUGCGCGGAGACGACCUGACGAAUCUGGAUCACUUCAGCCAGAGGACACAAAGCACCAGGAAGAAGAAACUAAACGACGAAAAGAGAGAAGUCAGAAACGACUAUUGGACUCCUGUGCGGAGAAAAGUGAUCAAGCCGGAGAAGGGCGACGUGAGCGAGAACCCUCGAGGACGCUCGGCUAAACUCAGGGCCGUACUCAGACGUUAGCGGCUCCACGUUAAUUACAGAAAUUGUAUUUUUUUUCAUCAAAGUGUUUGAACAACUUUUACAGUCAAGGUGAGGUGUCGUCAGGGAUUUCUGCCAUACUUCAAGGUAGAAGAGGAACUUUUAUCCAAGAUUAAUUUUGCUACAGGCCAAGAUAAUGUAUUUAAAGCAGAGGUCUUAAACAUUUUUCAAGGCCCCUACCAAUUAUACGUGUUCUAUAUUAAACUACAUCAUUUUGUAUUAAAUAUUAAGCUAUUCAAAUAAUGCACAGGUUCAAAUAUCCAUUUUUUUUAUUUCAAACAUUACAACAGCAACAGUAGGGCGGCCGUGCAACUGGCAUAAACAUAAUCAUACCUGACAUAAACAUACAGACAAACAUGGGAUUUCACCUGAGGAAUGAAUAGUCUCUCUUUAAAUUUGUGAUAUAAAAUAUACAUAAAAAAUGUCUAAUCAACCAAAGAUUUUGCGACUCCCCUGCAGUAUCUCCGCAGACCCCGUUGAAGACCUUUGCAUUAGAGAAUAAGUGUGUAUAAUUUAGAGGGGACUCUUAGCCAUUAUCAUUAAGGAUGUCCAGGUAUUUUUUAAAAUGAUCAGAUCAGAUCGGUGUCGCAUUUUAGCCAAGCCCGACCUUUUGUGGUUAUUUAUUUUAGACCUGCUUGUAAAACAAAACCACGUCCCUGUAACUCCAGAACGUCACAUUCUUCUUAGUAGCCCAUCGUCAAAGAAGACGACUUCUUCUUUAUCUUCUCUUUUUCUGUUUUAGUGGAGGUUUGAGGUCAAAAGUUAAAGUAGAAGAAGAGGAAUCAGAAUGACUGAACGUCUCUGCUGCGUGGAAGAACUUUAAAAACGUCAGUCUGAUGCAGAUUUGUAAAUUGUUCAGUGUGGGUGUUUGGUUGAGGUGGUAGUAGGAGACUGUCAAAUCAUUAAAUAAUAAAU